GCUAAUAAUGCAAGCUUGAAAGAUUCACAGUAACACGCUCACAACUCGCAAACAUAAAACAACAAUAUAAGCGGCAAAACGCGUAGGAAGAAAAGAGAAAACCCAUUUGAGGUGACCCACAACCCGUUGCAAAAUGACAAAGCCCGCUGCCCACGGGUUCAAUUCAAGACCCUUCUUCUUCUUCCUUCAUCCAUCAAUCAAAGUGCUCUUCCCCUGAGUUCCCCUGGCCAAAAUUGCAAAUGGGCAAACCCAACCCCUCUCCCCUUCUUUGAUUAAUGAUUGUGAUUCACCUCUUUUUCUUUUUUAUUAUUAUAUUUUUUUCCACUUGUUAGAAUCAGUGCACUGCUUUCAGCUUUGGCAUCCCAUUGUUCCUACCUAGUACAAAUUACAACCCUCUCUCUCUCUCUCUCUCUCUCUCUCUCUCUCUCUCUCUGUUUUAGCACUUUUAACUGCACAGCCGUUCCCCGUCAAAGCUCUUGUUUGCAAAUACCCAUUUAAAGGGUUCAAAUCAUCAAAUCCUCCCAAGCCCCACUCUCUCUCUGUCUCUGUCUCUCUCUCUCUCUAAUUAAAUUAUAAAUUUGAGGUUCCAGCCCAGAAGAGCCACCAACAUUCCCAGUUUUCUAUUUCUCUCUGCAGGAAGAAAAAGAAGAGAAAUGCAUGAAGAGAGUAGGAUUAGGGGUCUUCUCUGCCUCUUCGUGUGCUUGCUUUCAUCUCUCAAUGUUGCCUUGGCAGCCGGAGACGGCGGAAUCGCCGGCGAAAGCCCAUUUACGCCCAAGGCUUCUUUGAUUCGAUAUUGGAAGAAUCAGAUCCACAACGACCUCCCACAACCCUCCUUCCUUCUCUCCAAAGCCUCCCCAAUGAGCGCAGUGGACUCGGCGGCUUUCACCAAACUCGCCAAUCAGAAUGGUCUCUCUCCGAAUCUCCCCUCCUUCUGUUCGUCGGCGCAGUUGCUCUGCUUCCCCGAUUUAUCGCCGAGCUUGGAGAAGCAUUCCAAGGACUCCAGUUUCGCCGUGUAUUUGAAUAAGAACUUUACAAAUUACGGAACGGAUCGAGCCGGCGGAGCCGACUCGUUCAAGAACUACUCCAUUGGGGAUAAUCUUCCCGUCGACACGUUCCGGCGGUACAGCCGCGACUCAGUCGGCCACACAGACGGGUUCAACGCGUACGGCACCGAGGGCAACGUCGUCGAUCAGAGCUUCGACAGCUACGGCGCGGGUGCCAUCGGCGGCAACGGCGACUUCAAAAACUACCACAAGGAAGUGAAUGUUCCGAAUCUCCGAUUCGGAAGCUAUGCGGCGGAGGCCAACGGUCGGAAGCAUUCGUUCUCGAGCUACACCGAAGAGACCAAUUCUGGGAACGAGGGUUUCGCGAGCUACGGCAAGAAAGCCAAUGGAGCUCUGAGUGAGUUCGAUAGCUACGGGAAGGACUCGAACGUGAUAAAGUCGCAGUUCUCCAGCUACAGCGAGAAUGGUAACUCGGCGAACGAUUCGUUCAGUAGUUAUGGGUUAAACGGUAACGUCCCGGAGAACAUUUUCAAAAGCUAUGCGGAUGGUGGAAAUGCGGGAACUCAUUCCUUCUCGGGUUACAGAGACCAGUCCAAUGUGGGAGACGAUUCGUUCCAAUCUUACGCCAAGAAUUCGAACUCGGAAGAGGUGAAUUUUGCGAAUUACGGAAAAUCCUUCAACGAGGGCACAGAUACAUUCAUAGGGUAUGGCAAAGGGGCGAAGAGUGAGGGUGUAGGGUUCAAGAUCUAUGGUGUGAAUAACACGUUCAAGGAUUAUAACAACAAAAAGCGUGUCUCAUUUGCACUGUACGCUAACAGAAGCUCAGCAACAAUGGCGUCCUUAGGUCGCGGUGGCAGUUCCGUAAAUAGAUGGGUGGAGCCGGGCAAAUUCUUUCGGGAAGCUAUGCUGAAGCCUGGGACAGUGAUGCCGAUGCCCGAUAUCAGGGAUAAAAUGCCCAAAAGGUCGUUUUUGCCCCGGUCGAUUUCGUCGAAACUACCGUUUUCAACAUCGAAGCUCGCCGACCUGAAGCAAAUAUUCCACGCCGGCGACAACUCGAGCAUGGAGACGAUGAUUGUCGACACAUUGUCGGAGUGCGAGAGGGCUCCGAGCGCCGGCGAGACCAAGCGCUGCGUGGGUUCCGUCGAGGACAUGAUCGACUUCGCCGUCUCUGUCCUGGGUCGCAACGUCGUCGUCCGGACCACCCAGAGCGUGGAGGGGUCAAAGCACGACGUGAUGAUCGGGUCGGUCGAAGGGAUCAACGGUGGGCAAGUCACCAAGUCCGUCUCCUGCCACCAGAGCUUGUACCCGUACCUAGUGUAUUACUGCCACUCGGUUCCCAAGGUCCGGGUCUACGGAGCGGAUCUCUUGGACCCGAAAACCAAGGCCAAAAUCAACCACGGAGUCGCCAUAUGUCACCUGGACACAUCAGCGUGGAGCCCGACCCAUGGGGCCUUCUUGGCGCUGGGCUCGGGUCCGGGUCGGAUCGAGGUUUGCCACUGGAUAUUUGAGAACGAUAUGACCUGGGCGACGGCGGACUAAAGUCCCCCGAGUGUGUGAAAAUUUAGGUUGGGUUCGAACCGGUUGGCUAGCAAAAGGGAGCCGCGGGCUCGACCCGGGUCAACCUAUGUUGAAGCCGCGAUUGCAGUGAUGAGUGAUGUUUGGGUUUAUGUUCUUGUUAUUAUUGUGUGAGUGAAUCUCUAAUUUACAAGUUUAAUUUUUAUGUUAGUGAAUGCUUUUUCAUUUUGUUUUUCAUGAAGAUUGUAUUCCAAACCCCACCCCCUUAAUGGGACAGCAAAUGAAAAUUUGGAUCUCAAA